UGGUGACUCUCAUUUCUAGUGCAACAAACCUUUCAAGUUGCAACCUUUUUCUCCCCCUCUCUCUAUUUUAGACUCUUUUCACAGUUUCUCAUUGCAAUCUCGCAGUAGCAGCCUCUCAUCAUAUUAUCUAACUGCUGUCGACCCAAUCUCAAUUUCUGUUCAUUCUGGGUGUCACAGUAUUCUCUAAUUUGUUUUCGUCAAUUGCAAAUUCAGUUUUCUCAAUAGGAUACUAGAUCAUGGAUUGGUACUAUGGGAGUGGUGUUGGGGUUAAUGAUUAUCAUAUACCCAGAGAUCAGGAUUUAUUGGACAGACAUCCUUCACCAGACUAUUGGUCAAACUGGGAAAUAAGUGCCAAUGAAGGUUGUAAUUCACCUAAACAAUUUUUUAUCAUGGAUUUCUUUGAAGAAAGAUUCAAUAAUCAAAUUGAGCUUGAACCAUCUCUGCAUGAUAAAGAUCAGUCUAGCAGUUCAAAUGUAUGUGCAAGAUUGCAUGAACAAUCUUUUCAACAGACAGCAUUCUCAUGUGACCAGCCUAAUUACCAGCUUCAAGAUCUACCCAGAUUCGAACUGAUGAAUGACUCUUUCUUGGAUUCUGUACCUGAAGAUCUGUCUUGUGUUGAUGUUGAAAAUCUAGACAAAUCCAUCAACAUUUCAUCAGAAAACCAGUGCAGAAGUACACCUGGCACGCUGCAGAAAGAAACCACAGAUUCCAAGUAUGUUUCAAGCAACUCAGGUUCAAAGGAUUUCCCAGAUAGACAGGCACCACCAGCUAAGGUUUUAGAACCAUUUGAACAAUGCAGCAGGGAUGAUGGCAUGCAUGAGCAGUCAUCACUUGAGGAAUUCAUACUAAAAGAUCUUGAGAUGGUCAUUGGACAGUUCACGGAGACAACUCGUCUUUGCUUCCGAGAUGCCUUGUAUCGACUUGCCAGAAAUACAGAACAACAUCAUGAAAUGCUGGGCCAGAAUGAAGAUCUUAACAUCCUAAAGCCAAUGCUAAAUAGAGAUCACAAUGAUAUAACGAGGUGUCAGGACAAGAAAUCAAUGGAAUUGGCUACCAACAAUAUUGACAGAAUAAUUGCAAGUCUCAUGUUUAAGAGUAUGGAGUUCAGUAUACAUGAUCCUGCACUUACUCCAUCAGCAAACAGUUCAGAAUCCUUAGACAAAGAGGAAAAAUCUUGCUACUCAUAUUCUCAAGAACUGCCAACACAUGCACAGAUUCCAAGGUUUGAACCAAGUAAUCAACUAAGGGACAUGAGUUCAUACACCACUUGUGAAGAUCCUGCAAAAAAAUCUUUCAUGUUUGGAUUUGGUUAAGAUGUGUGAUAGUGAUCAUUACAGUAGACACUAGUUAAACCAAUCAGACAAAAAAAUCAAUUUCUUGUAAUUAUUCAAUACUAAGGUUUUGAAGUGUUUUUACAUCUGAA